CUGGUUUAUAUUAAACAGCCAGGACCUGGCGUCGGGGCCCCUUUAUCAGCUUUGGGCCGUGCCCAGGGGAGAACCCGCCUGCAGCGCUUCCAAAUCCAUGUGGAUUCCCUGUGCCCCCCCUGCCCAUUGCAACACCCGUGCGGGCACGGGGAAUCCGCAGGGAACGGGGACCAGGGCUCGGCGCACAGGUGGCAGAGGAGCGGGGACACGGCGCCAGGUGUGUCCCGUCCCUUCCCCGCGGCCCUUCCCUUCCCCGCUGGAGGGUGGGAAUGCAGCCAGGCACACCCAGCUCCGAGCAGUAAAAUGAUCCCUGCGGUGCCCUUGGGCCAAGCCCAGCUUUUCUAACGGAUAAAAGGGGAGGCAGCGGGAGCGCUCUCACUCCCCUGGGCUCCAGCUCAGCCUCUCCGAGCUUUGCAGAGCGAGGCACAGCAGCGUCCCUCGGAGCAGCAUGUCCCGCUCGGUGACCUUCAGCUCCCGCUCGGCCGCCGGGCCAGCCCUGAGCCAGGUGCGGGUCAGCACCGUGUCCUCCAGCCGCAGCUCCGGGCUCGGCCGCGCCGGCGGCUUCGGCAGCGCCAGCCUCUACAACCUGGGCUCGGCCAGCAAGAGGAUCAGCCUGGGAGGGGGCAGCUCCUUCAGCGUCCGCUCGGGCUACGGCUAUGGGGGAGCGGGCUUCGGGGGCAGCUUCAGCCCCGGCGGCAUCCAGGAGGUCACCGUCAACCAGAGCCUCCUGACGCCCCUCAACCUGGAGAUCGACCCCAGCAUCCAGAGGGUCCGCAAGGAGGAGAAGGAGCAGAUCAAGACCCUGAACAACAAAUUCGCCUCCUUCAUUGACAAGGUGCGGUUCCUGGAGCAGCAGAACAAGAUGCUGGAGACCAAGUGGAGCCUCCUCCAGGAGCAGAAGACCACGCGGAGCAACAUCGCUCCCAUGUUCGAGACCUACAUCAGCAACCUGCGGCGGCAGCUGGACGGGCUCCUGGCGGACAAGGGGCGCCUCGAGGGAGAGCUCAAGAACAUGCAGGACCUCGUGGAGGACUUCAAGACCAAGUACGAAGAUGAGAUCAACAAGCGCACGGCGGCCGAGAAUGAGUUUGUGGUGCUCAAGAAGGAUGUGGAUGCUGCCUACAUGAACAAAGUGGAGCUGGAGGCCAAGGUUGAUGCUCUGACGGAUGAGAUCAACUUCCUGAGGGCUUUCCAUGAGGCGGAGCUGAACGAGCUGCAGGCCCAGAUCUCCGACACCUCGGUGGUGCUGUCCAUGGACAACAACCGGAACCUGGACCUCAACAGCAUCAUCGCCGAGGUGAAGGCGCAGUACGAGGAGAUCGCCAACCGGAGCCGCGCCGAGGCCGAGUCCUGGUACCAGAGCAAGUAUGAGGCGCUGCAGGUGACAGCCGGGAAACACGGGGAUGACCUGAGGAACACCAAGAAUGAGAUCACGGAGAUCAACAGGGCCAUCCAGAGGAUCCAGGGGGAGAUUGAGAAUGCCAAGGCCCAGCGAGCGAAGCUGGAGGCGGCCGUGGCCGAGGCCGAGGAGCGUGGGGAGAUGGCCCUCAAGGACGCCAGGGCCAAGCUGGAGGAGCUGGAGGCUGCUCUGCAGAAAGCCAAGGCUGACAUGGCCCGGCAGCUCCGGGAGUACCAGGAGCUCAUGAAUGUCAAGCUGGCCCUGGACAUCGAGAUCGCGACCUACAGGAAGCUGCUGGAGGGCGAGGAGAGCAGGUUGGCUGGGGAUGGAGUUGGCAACGUCAACAUCUCCGUGGUCAGCUCCAGUGGCGGGGGCGGAUAUUCCAGCUCCAGUGGAUUCCUGGGAGCAGGGAUCGGAGGAGGCCUCAGCCUGGGAUCGGGAAUGGGCAGCGGAGCACUCGGGUUCUCCUCUGGAGGCUCCACCAAGUCCUACACCAUCACCACCACCUCGUCCAGCCGGAGAAGCGUCAGGAAGUAACUCCAAGAAUGGAGCUUGGCAUUCCCAGCACCUGAGGGAAACCGUGGAAAGAAAAGUCUUGGAGCCUUUUGCAGGAUGAAUUGGCUGCAAAACGCCUGCAGUGCUGAGGCCCUGGCCCUGCCCUGCCGGGCUUGAUCCUGCACUCUUGGAGUUCAGCCAUUCCUCUGGGAGCAGGAUCAAGCCUGUGGGGUGAAAUUUAUCCCGGGAUGCAGGUGGGGUAUCCCUGCUGUUACCCUUGUGCUUGGUACCCCCUGCUCCGGGCUGGAUUUCACCCUUGGAAAGGCAAAUCCCACAUUUCUGCUGUGCUUCUGCAAAAGACUAGAAGAUUCUCUCCCUCUUAACAGGAGUUGGAAGACUCCAAUCCCUCAGGCUCCUCAGCCCCUGCCAAGGGCUCACCCUGGGUUGGGUUUUUUAAAUAUACCAGGAAGAAAACAAGCUUGGGUCUCCCCUUAUUUUCUUUGGAAAUGGGCCCAGGGUUGGGGUUCAACAUUCUCCUGUGACUGAAGCUGUUUCUGACAAAGGCAGCACUGACAGAUUGAUUUCAGGCUCCUUGUAGCAAAAUAACUCCUCAAAAACCUCCUAAACCCUUUCCCUCUCUUUAAAUGAAGCCCAGAGCUUGCGGGAUCUAAAACUGCUUCAAAUUCCAUGUGUCCCACUGAAUUGGGAGAUAAAUUCCUUAUUUUUGAGUGUCUCUGUUUACCACUCCCUAUUUAAGGGUAUUUAGUGAUAUCUGGAGUCUCCUGCAGUGAGGGUUCAGUUGAUGCCCCAUUCCAAAAACUCCUUGUUCCUGCCAAAAUGGGUCUUCAACAUACCAGGGAAAUUGUUGUUACUGCAGUAGGAAGAGUUUUUAGGGAACUAACUCCAAGGACCUGCUCCCAGUUUUUGUGUUGAUGUUCAGCCCUGUCCUGGCAUUGGCAUUUGGGUUGGAUUUUUAUGCUUUUUAUGUCUUUCAUGAGUCGUUUAUUAAAGUUUCCCUUUUAGCUGCA